AUGAGCCGCGAAAUUCCAAUAGUUGUGGACCCGGGUUACGAAGCUAGCUUCAGGAAUAAAAGAAGAGGAUCCGACUCAACUGACAGCGCGUCAAACAUCCACCAAGUUCCUGAGGAUAUACCACGUAACGAGGGAAAAAAUCUAUUCGUUGACAGAAGUUUUCAAAGACGGCAUUCCGAAGACCCGAAUACAGCAUCUUGUAAAACGAAUUAUUAUCGAUCACCUAGCUUCGAAGAGGGSAAUGGUGAACGGCUUAGGAGAAGAGGGUCUGCACCUGUCUACUGGAAUAUCCCACAUGGAGGACGGGACAGGUUUGCAGAGAUCGUCGAGCGAUUUAUGAAUGCUAAUGACGAAGAGUUGCUGUCAGGUCUUAUGGAGGAAAAUUUGGAACCAUUCGAUGUAGAGGAGAUACACGAGGAGAGUUCUGGUCCUGAGGGUACGACAACAAGACACGAAGUCCAAUGUUGCCCAUCAGCACCUGUGGCUGGUGCACAGGCUGCACACGGUUUAGAUCGGCCGUUUGACAUCAGCUCAAGGAAAGACAAUGCAUGCAUUCAAAUCCCUGUGCAAGUAUGCACAAGUAAGGAGAAUAGCAGAAACGAAGAGAAGCAACAUGAAAAAACAGAGAAAAUUCCUGGAGAAGAAUCGAGCAACAUCGUGAAAAAGGCAACCGACUCAGARACAAAGGAUGAAGCAAUUCAAACAAAUGGAAAUCUUGAAGUGAAAAUAUCAUURGGUGCAACAACUGAAUGCUGCCAUGAAACAGGUCAAAGCAAAGCUGAAAAUAGCAAYGAUAAUGAAUCCUCAACUGCGGAAACAGAACAAAGUSGAGAAAAAAACAAUGCGUACCCGACUUCUAACGACCAAAGCACAGCACAAGAAGAACAAGCUAAUGCAGAAACUGCAGACAAAGCAAAAUUGUUUCACAUCAAAGAAAUAGAAAAUAAACUAAAACAAACGCAUGAAGAAGUAACGGCCUUCAAAGGAACCAAUGGUAAAGAGUAUUUGGUGUUAGAAGAGCUCUUAAUGAAAUCACUGAUGUCUCUGGAUGCAGUGGAAGCAAAUGGUAACACUAUUGUCAGAGAAGCAAGAAAGGCCGUUGUCAUGCGUGUACAAGAAGAUCUCAAAGAACUUGAGAAGAAACGGUUUCAACUAAAUCAAAAAUAGACACGCACGGAGAGAUUAUUCAAUUGAAUCAAAAAAGUGAAAUGGGACAUGUACGUACUUUGUAGUCACUAAGCGUACUUACAGGCUUAUUCGUAGUGAUGAUAGUUUUUUACGUUUAUAUUUCUUUUACUUUUGAGCUCUUAGUCUUAGUUGAGCAUAUUUGGUCAUUAUACGACAUUACAUAUAAACGAACGACGCAUUCCUAACAGURCUCUGAUAUUAUCUACACAUAAGGAGUUAUGUCCUUCUGAUCAAAAGURUUGGAAAAUGAAGAAGCAGUUCUCAAUGGCAUAUGUUAUUUUCAACUUAAAAUACGAACACAUAGAUAAAUAAAUAGUCCGCGAAAAUGUACCAUUUAAAUACGCAAAAAAAACUUGAAGAUACAAAUAUUUCUGUUAAUUAACAUGCCAAGGGUAAAAGGAGUGAUUAUAUUAUGAUUGAUUCAUCAGAGUUGGAAUAUUAUCAACGUGAAACGAAAAUCAGGGGCUACUCGAGCAUUUAAACAUAAUGUUAGUUGAGACCAACUCGAAAAYUAGGAGCGAAACAGGAAAUAUGAAACAAGGAAUAUGUAAUGUAAAAACGAGUAAACCUUUUUAUUGAUAGAAGAAAGAAAGAGUUCAUUAUAAAACGUGCAGGAAAGACCACAUCCAUGCAUCUGAUAAUCAAGUCCGUGUACGCUCUCUUAGAGCGUCAAGGUUUUUGUCAAUGUUAUGUUAAGAUGGGACCCUGUAAUAGGUUGUUUCGACAAUACCUCUCAUUUCCAUUUAUCAAUUUUUAACCCAAUGGUACAUAUUUAUAUACCUCAAUGCAUCUAUAUACGUCAAGAAUGUUUU